AUGAAUAGAAGGGCUGCCCUGACUGUGAGUCCCAGCAGAUCUCAAUUCUUUCCUAGAGACUCUGUGUCUCUGAGCUGUAAGGCUAACAACAGCUCUGCUGGAUGGACUGUAUGGAGGAACACAACCAGAGGAACCAGGACUCAGUGUGGAGAUGGAUGGGGGAAACCAGCUGGUUCUAACUGUAACAUCAGCUACCUGUACCCAGAUGAAAGUGGAGUUUACUGGUGUUGGUCGUCCAGAGAGGGAGCAUCCAGCAGCAGCAUCCAGCUCACUGUCACUGGUGGAUCAGUGAUCCUGCAGAGUCCUGUCCUCCCUGUGAUGGAGGGAGAUGACGUCACUCUGAGCUGUCUAACAAAGACCACUCCCUCCAACCUCCCAGCUGCUUUCUAUAAAGAUGGCUCCCUCAUCAGGACUGAGCCCAAAGGUCACAUGACCCUCCACCAUGUGACCAGCUCUGAUGAAGGCCUCUACAGGUGUAACAUCAGGGGUCAUGGAGAGUCUCCAUCCAGCUGGAUCUCUGUUGAAGAGAAACCAACCACCACUUUUCCACCUGACUCUAGUCGUCCUCCACCUACAUCUUUCACUUCUCCCUCCGACCAGCCUUUUCUCCCUACCAUUGUAGUUCCUGUCUUGAUUUUCUUUUUCAUUUUACUCUUGCUACUUCCUUUAGUUCUACUUGUAACACGACACAUGUGCAGGAAAUCUGAUGGUAUAGAAGGAAAUGAUGUAGAAAAGAGCACUGCAUACAGUGAGCUGAGAAUCGUCACAAACCAGCAGCAGCCAGUCAGAGGCAGUAGAGAGAGAGAUUCAGCUUCAAUUUACUAUGUGGUGAGGACAGAGGACAUCGGCUAUGGACAGAUCAACAUCAGACCAAAGAGGACACAAG